AUGAGUGCAAUCCCAGAAACUCUGAACCCAAAACCAUUUUUGGCUGAGUGCAUAGGACAUCCUGUUGUCGUGAAGCUGAAAUGGGGAACCGAAUACAGGGGGAUUUUACUAGCCUAUGACAAGUACCUCAAUUUGCAAUUACAAAAUGCCUUUGAGUGGAUUGCAGGAGAAAACAAAGGACUUCUAGGGGAAAUUUUAGUCAGAUGCAAUAAUGUCCUUUAUGUGAAGCAAGAUUAA